CUCACGGACCCCCCUGCCUCCCUUUUAGUAGUGAGUGAGGUAAACAAGACAGUGGGCACAGGAACAUUAGUUGAGACGUACAUGUCGCAGCGGGGGGAAGCAAUGGAUUACACUUCUAGCAGGUGUAUGUGAAAACGAGGCUCCAUGACACAGGAACAAGUGGUCACGUGGUAGUGUUGUGACCUUUGAACUGCUUCAACUCGGUGACUUUCAUUCAAUAGAACCAAUUUGUUCGUGGAAACUCAAGAUAUUUAGUUGUCGUGUAAUCAAUAGUGUGGUAUUGUUUCUUUUCUUUUUCUGACAUACACGUAUUAGACGUCUAAUUCUGAGGAUUAAAUGCGAUUAAAUUUAAAAGGGGGAAAUAACUGUGUUCAUGCAACAGUAUAUUUUGGUCAAGGAAGAUAAUUCGUUUUUAAGCCUGUAAUAAAAAGCAUCUAAUAAACUUUUUUCCCCUCAUUUAGCGUCUUGACAAGGACUGAUUAAAGUUAAAUACAUUCAUUCAAUGAGAAUACACUUGAAGCGGUUAAAAAAAUCAUAGUUUUUCUUUUAUUAUGAAUAUCAUCAGUACAUUUGGUCUCGUGGUGCGUAGUAUGCGUUAGACUGUUCAAUACUUAGAAUUAAGUUACUAGACGUCAUUAGGACCUACAAUUGUGAGAUUGUAAAUCAGUAGACCUUACAAUUAUUCAUUUCGGACAUUAGUAGGACUGUGGUGUUAAAGUUCAAUAGGACUUCUGUCUGUGGUGUUGUGUUUUUUUUCUCUUUGUGAUUCAUCCUUUUGGAGUAUUUAUUUAUUUCUCUGUGUGACCUAAUGCAUCUCGACUGACCUCAAUUUUACUUCCUGGGACAAAUGGAAUGAGGUCAAUGCCAUGCGGCGAGCGCAGAGAAAUAAGCAGCAGAAGGCUUUGACGGCACUGACCAUCCAGGCCCUCCUCCUUGACCUCUUCAAACUUCAGAGAAACAACAACGGGAAACGAUCCAAAGGUUCUUCUCGGUCUUCCAGCAACAGGAGACAGAAAGCAAAGUCCAAAAUAGAGGGAUCCACCAUUUUUGUAGGAACCAUGAAUUCGCAACAGACAGAGCCUGACCCAGAUGCCAUCAAAAUGUUUGUGGGUCAGAUUCCUCGAAACUGGGAUGAAAAUGACCUUAAAACCAUGUUUGAGGAAUUUGGACCCAUACAUAGUAUGAAUAUUUUAAGAGAUAAAAUUACAGGCCAAAGUAAAGGGUGUUGCUUUGUUACAUUUUUUAUUAGAAAGGCUGCACUCGAUGCACAGAAUGCUUUACACAACGUUAAAACUUUGCCAACAAUGCAUCACCCUAUUCAGAUGAAACCAGCAGAUAGUGAAAAAAAGAAUGGUGCUUAUGCUGAGGAUAGAAAAUUAUUUGUUGGCAUGCUGUCUAAAAAAUAUAGUGAAAGUGAUGUGAGAAUGAUGUUUGCUCCAUUUGGGACAAUAGAAGAGUGUACUGUUUUACGAGAUCAUACUGGCACCUCUAGCAAAGGGUGUGCAUUUGUUACAUUUGCCACCAGACAGUGUGCGCAGAAUGCAAUCAAGAGCAUGCAUCAUUCUCAGACCAUGGAGGGCUGUUCUUCUCCUCUAGUAGUGAAAUUUGCUGACACUAUAAGAGAAAAAGAACAACGCAGAGCACAACAAAUGAAUCAAAAUAUGUGGAACACUGGUUUUGGAGCGCUAGGGCCUCAGUACCUUGCAUUGUUACAGCAGAUCACAACAGGAAAUUUGACAAAUUUCAAUAAUCAACAACAAGGUAACAUGGGACUAAAUAUGCAGCAAUUAAUAGCUGCAGCUGCUGCAGCAGCUGGCAAUAACCCAGCUUUGUUAGCCGCUCUAGCCAGCUUAGGUAGUUUAGCUAAUAAUGCAGGCAAUCAACAGGGCUUAAGUUCUGUUGGAAAUAAUAACCAAGGUGCAUUGGGUGGUUUUGGCCAAAUGGGAAAUCCUGGCAACAAUGCAUUACGAGGAAAUCAGUUUGGAAACUUGGGCGGUGGCUCUGGCUUGGGCAAUAUGGGAAACAGUGGCAUGGGAGGUAAUAUGAAUGGCUUUGGCACCAAUAAUUCCAACAGCAUGGAUGCUUUGAGUCAAGCUUAUUCAGGGAUUCAACAGUAUGCUGCUUCUUUCCCUAAUGCCUUUAAUGCACAGGCUGCUCAGCUCCAAGCUGCUAACAAUAAUGUUGGUAACAAGCAGCAGGAAGGUAUGAACCAAGAAGGCCCAGAUGGUGCUAAUCUGUUUAUAUAUCAUCUUCCCCAAGAGUUUGGGGAUGGUGACUUGAUGCAGAUGUUUAUGCCCUUUGGUACUAUUAUUUCAGCCAAAGUAUUUAUAGAUAAACAAACGAAUCUAAGUAAAUGCUUUGGUUUUGUUAGUUAUGACAAUCCUGUGUCUGCCCAAGGAGCCAUACAAUCCAUGAAUGGCUUCCAGAUCGGCAUGAAGCGACUCAAGGUGCAGCUCAAGCGACCCAAGAAUGACAGCAAGCCUUACUAGACAGACUGAAGUUGUGUGGAAAGAAGGAAGUGAGGGAAAGAGAUCACGUUGGCGUCUGGCGUGACAUGGCGUGUGUCUCCUGUGUCCCUGUGGCGUCGUCGUGCGUCCGUACUACGUCCCAUCGUGCAUUUGUUUUUUCUUCUCCACUGUCCAUGUGUCCAGCAAGCAGUUCUCGUCGGUCGGUUGGUUCCUUGUUGUCAAUGUUUCAUUUAUUAUUUUUUUGUUUUUGCUGUUUGUUGUUUCUCCUGUAGUUUUUUAGCGUAUCUCAUGCUGGGGUGCCAUUUGUGCUUUUAGUUUGUUCUGUUCUUUUUUUUUUCUUUCGUGAAUUAAAUUUUUUAAUAAAAAGAUUUUAGAAAAUUGAUUUUCAGAAAUUGGUAGUCUUGUUAUUACCAUUGUAUGGGUUUGUUCUAUAGAAUGUCCUAUCUGUAACAUUGCAGCCACCAUCAUUUUGACCUAUUGUUUAAAAAAAUACAACAAAUUGCUAAAAAUCUGUAGAAGUGUACUUACACACAUUUUUUUAAACUGAACUGGUUUGGCUUAUUGAUAAAAAUUAUUGUAUAUAUUUUUUAAAAAGUAUUUCUUAUGUUUUUUUUUUAUUAUUAUAAAUAUUAUUAUUAUUAAACCUUUAUUUGUGCGAGUUUAGUGUGUUAAGUGUUCUAACCUAAAGUAUGGAACUAAAUUUAUAUUCUGUGGUAAAAAAUCUAUGUUUGUCAUUACUAGUGCUUGCUUUGAAAUAUAGGCCUAUAAUUCAAAAUGCUAUGAAACAAAAUGACAGUAUCACUUUUAAAGUCUUUUUACAAAUGGGUAUCCCAGUUCCAUAUUUCUAUGUGAUUUAGUAUAUGCCCCAUGUACUGCCUUUGGAUCAUAUAAUUAUAUAUAUAUAUAUAUAUAUUUUAUUAUAUAUUGCUCAUUACUUUUAAACUUCAGUUUUAUUUGUUUUUUUUUUUAUUUUCAAAAGAAGUUUCCUUGUGAAAAAGGCAAUCAGCUAAUGGUGACAUGCAUUUGUUUCUGCCAUCCUAAAUGUAGCAGUGAACUCCAUGUUUAACUAUGUGUUCCUUUCUCUACUUGAACUGCAAGUGCCCAGCAGCAGCAUAUUCUAUGUGACUCCAUGAACAUCUCAUUGCAGAAGUCCUAUGCUUCUUUCUUACUUCCCUGACAAUCAGUUGUUCAAAACAUUUGUCUUUGUUCUACACUAGUCAUGACAAAAUCUCCAUUCCUCACUUGUCCUAGCUUGUUUUAACUGUUUCCAUUGACUUGACAGUGUCCUUAUUUGUCAAAUUGUCCUAUUUGUGUAUAGAAACUGUACACAUAAUGUUACUUUCUGAGGUUAUUUGGCUCCUCAGUUAAUGUUUUUUUUUAAAUAUCUAGAAAUCAACCAGGGGAAAGCUCUGUCCUCUGUUAAGUAAAGCCGUUGUUUUUUUUUUUUUUUAAUAGCUAACAUGAUUGAUAGCAUAUUCCAUUGUCAGUAAAUUGCCUCUGCGAUGGCAUCUUUUGUAGAGAACUGUGAGAGAAAGAAUCUGUACUCAGGAAAUUCUUGUUUGUCACUGUCUGGUGUCACUAAAACAAUAUUUGUUUGGAUUAAAAUGUCAAUGUUUUUGACAAUGAAAUAAGUGUCGUUCCUUUUCACUUAACAUAUUGUUAUAAAAAAAAUUGCUUACAUUUUUCAGUGGUUUUCCAAGUUGAUAAAAUGCAUUUAACAGCAAACCUGUACAAAGAAUCUAUCCCCAGCUGUUAAUAAUCUAGACAAUACACAUUGUUUUUCUGUUGUUUUCUUUUUUAACCAGAUAAACAUUUGAAAACACCUUUUCUUUGCAGCUUUGUAAGUUGCCAUAUGUCAGUUCCUCUAUGUCCAUUAUUUCAAGGGUUUGUAUUGUAUCUUUGUGAUUUUUUUUUUUUUUUGGUUCACGUACCUUUGUGUUAUUUUAAAACAGUUUGAAAAAAAAAUGUAUUCAACAAAAAAAAAAAAAGGAAAAAUAAAAAAAGCAUUUUAAA